UACAUACCUUCCAGUAACAAGGGUAAAGGGGAGCAGUGUUGGGUGUAUCUCAGUCACUUUGCUUUUCUGAAGAAAAGAUGAUAGGCGACCGCGGCGGAGCCAGAAACGCAGCACGGGGAGAAAUCGCUUUACAGUCAUUCGUACAAACAGAGCUUAUCGAAGGAAAGUGAAGAAAUUUUAGGUAGUAGGGACCUCCAGGACCUCCGGAGAGCGGGAGCUGUGUGUGUGGUGGCGGGGUUCGGAGAUGUCCCGGGCUUCGGCGCUCCUGGACCGAGGAGGCUUUCAGGAAACAACCGAUGAAGAAAUAACCUCUGAGCACCAAUAUUUUACACAAAAUUAAAACUAUAUCCACAAAAAUUAAAGCUUGACAUUUUACCGGGAGGACCCAGCAUCUGUAAGUUCCGACGGCGCCAUGCUGCCGAGUCUGCGCGCGGCCCUGAGAGCCGCUCCAGUCGCGAGACCCGGCUGCUUCCCGCCGGCGGUCCGCGCGAGCCGGCCGCUCGCGCACUCGCCCGUGCCCGCGCCCGCCCGCCACCUGGGAACGCACCCGCACAAGGAGCCCAUGGAGCCGCUGAACUCGGCGCGGGGCGCGAGGGAGUUCAUCUACAGCCUGCACCCCUCGGAGCGCACGUGCCUCCUCCGGGAGCUGCACCGCUUCGAAUCCAUAGCCAUCGCGCAGGAAAAACUGGAAAUGGCUCCACCAACAGCUGCUCAGUUGAGAUAUGUGCUUCUUCACAACGCCAUCCCUUUUAUUGGAUUCGGCUUUCUGGACAAUGCCAUCAUGAUUGUAGCGGGAACCCAGAUUGAACUGUCUAUUGGUGUGAUUCUAGGAAUCUCCACCAUGGCAGCUGCGGCUUUGGGGAACCUGGUGUCGGACCUGGCUGGGCUUGGGCUUGCAGGCUACGUGGAGGCACUAGCAUCCCGGCUGGGAAUGCAGAUUCCGGACCUGACCCCAAAGCAGGCGGACAUGUGGCAGACCCGGGUCAGCUCCCACACUGGAAAAGCCAUCGGAGUCGGCAUCGGCUGUAUACUUGGAAUGUUCCCUCUGUUGUUCAUCAAGGGUGAGGAUGAGGAAGAGAAGAGCGUGAAAGGAGAAGAAGGGCAGCAGCCAUCCAAGGAUUCUGGUGGAAAGUGAGCUACAAAGCCCCCAGGCCCCUGAAAAAGACUGGCCUUCUGUGAUAUGGGUUACUGUGUCAAUACCUCUUCUACUGUUAAAACAGCUUCUCUGAGCAAACAAGACACUACACUACUAACACUAUAAGCAUGACCCACUUUGUGUUAAACUCCGUAGGUAAUACUGAUCUUCAAAAUGCAGGCAGUGUGGGGGGAAAACAAACAGUGCUGUACCUUUGAGACUUACCAUAUCUGGCAACUGCUCUUCUGCUUGUUUAGGUUUUGCUUGUUUAUACUGAAUGCUAAUGUCAUGUAUUCUUUGCUUGUUUAUAUCUCACAUCGGGAAGGCUUGCUUAAGCAUCGGGAUUGUAUGCUUGUGUGUUGAGACUGGAUUGAAUUUCUGCAUGGAAUUUCCCUUGUUCCAAAGCCUUAGCACAGCUCACCUGUGGGAGAUGCCACAUUUCCGCAGUGCCAUCGUUAAUUUCCCACGCAGGCAUCUUCACACCAAGUCUCCGUGUGGUUGUUUCAGAGCAGGAGGGGGCAGAGUGAAGUGCUGUGAGUUCUUAGCUGGCUUUUCCCUUCUUUUUGGGCCUUUUGACUAAUGACUGCUGAAAGGUUAUUGCUGGUUCCCAUUUACCCCUCUCAGCACUGUGAGCUCAGUUGAACUCGAUGUGCAUCGAUGGGCCACUUACCGACAUGCUGUUACCAUCCAGCUACAUCUUCACAGUAGCUUCCAGACCUGGUUCACUGCCCUGGUUCACAGCACACUGUCCUCAAGAAACGUUAACCUGCAGCUUCCUAAAAUCAGCCCCCCUGUCAUGCGACCUGCACACGUAACCGUUGCAGAGUGACUGUUACACGGGUGGAUUCUCACAAACCUGUACAUUUGUGUCAAAUUAUUUGUGAGGUGAUUAUGUUUUUAAGCAGCUUUUUCCAAAAUAAUCCAAUUGCAUUGUAAUUUUGUUGUUGAGGCCCAUUGUAGAAAUAUAUAAUAGUAUUUAUUGUUUAAUUUUUUAAAAAUCAGGCCUCUCUUGAGAAACAUCUGUCCUAGAUCUUCAUUUGAGUGUAACAGUCCAUAUUUAACCCUACUCAUAUCAUGGAUUACAGUUUUUGUCUCUGUGAGACCACUCUUUAAAAAUAAGUGCAUAAUCAUAAUUUCAUUAAACCUCUAUGGUAAAUCCAUUCUCGAAGUCAGGCUGAAGUUUCACACAUUUUUAGAAGCAGAAAUUUGUGUUUUUUGUCCCCCCCCCUUCAUGUUCUUGUAUUGUGGUUGUGAUGAACACAAUGCAGAAUAUAUACCAUUGCAUUUAGACCUGUGUACUCAACUCCCCCCAGAUUUUGGAGGAUAUAGUAUUCCUAAAUGUAUGAUUCCGCCCCCCCCCCCCCCCCCCCCCCCCCCACUCUCUCCAUGAUGCCAUCUGUGAGAGAAAAUACUUGAUGGCUCCUUUUAGAACUCAAAUAAAGCCAUAUGUGGAGGAAUGGCACACAAACUAAACAUAAUGAUGAAAAGCUUUGGAGAUAUACUGCACCUUUCGAAAACUAAUAGAGCUCUAAUGAAGUUUGUUCUGUGAUAGAAGUGACAUUUUCUAGGAAAGUGAAUUUAUUUCCUUUUCCUGUGUCUUGGGAUGCCAUUAAUCUCUUAUCUAAGUUUAAGAUGCAUGCUGCAUGAAGGAGAUGUGUGAAGUACUGAAUUCAAGUUCCCUGAAAGGUCCAACAGCCUGAAUUGCUGUGCUGAAGAGUAAAUUUUCACUGGACCAGAAAGGGUGUCAGGUGCACACCCAGUGUGCAGCAGAUAAGUUCCCAUUGUGUGACUGAGUGGUUUGUGUAUACAUUUAAAUGUGCAAAAAUAUCUUUUGUAAUCUGAAACUGUUUUUAAAGAUGUAUUAGCCCUUUGUUUUGAAUAUUGUGAGUUACCUCUGUUUUUGCUUGUUUUCAGAAGAACUGACAGCAGGUGUCUUGUAUCAAAUCAUCCAUUAUACCUCAUUCAUGGUUAAUACUCAUUUCAUGGGAGCCAAAUAGUUAAUUACCUCAACUGUGGUUUGAGUUUCCUUACACAGAAACAUUCACACCGACUCUUCCUUGAAGAAACUUCUUACACGGAGACCCAUUCCUCUGUGAGUUUGAUGUCAGAACACUAUACUGCCUGCAACACUGUCAGGGGCUGCUUGUUGCAUCACAAACAAAUGCAUUAAAAAUGCAACCUUUCUUGUUUUAAUGUGCUCUGCAUUAUAACAGAUUAUCUCCUGUAUAUUAAUGCGAUGUAUGAUCCAAAAACCCCAAUGUUUACUAUUCCAGUGAUUCAAACAGGGAUAGAAAUUUGUGUGAUUUAUGUGGUUGCUUGAUAUGUCUUAUGUGUAGUAAUACAUUUUUUUAAUGAUAUGGCUGUGUCAUUUUGCACAAUUUAUCCUGCAUUGUUUUCCUACUAUAUUAUAAACUCUCAGUCCAAAGUGGGCCACUGGCCAAAUUGUAUCACAAGUUUUAAUUUUAGUUUAGUUUUUCAGCGAAAUGUAGUUGUUCUCUACUGGCCUGAUCCACCGAGUGCUGCGGUUUGUUUCUCAGUCUGAACAAACUUACUGUUACUUUGUCGGUGUUACGUUCAGUGUGUAGUGACUAAAUCUGACUCAUUCUGCAGUUUUUAAUGCCCCCCCCCCCCCCCCCCCCCCCCGACUUGACCAUCAUGUGUCCUUGGACACUCUAACACUCCUUUUCUGCAUCUGAUCAUUUCUUACUCUGAAAAUAGAAAAGUAUGUAACUUUGGCUGGAAAUUCUUGUUGGACUGACAUUUACAACUUUUACAGUUUUUGUGCAGU